CAUGGCACAAUGGUAACAAGCUCUGCACUGCCUGGUGGUGUGAGAAGUGGGAACAAUACUUGGAUCAAAGCUUGUUCAGAAGCAGCCAUCUGAGACAUGAGAAGCUGGAGAAUGCUUGACUCAAAGCAUGUUCAACAGCAUCCAAGCCUUGACCUGCCCAACAAGUUUUUGAAGUUAAUGAUUGACUACCAUGAGCAGAGCAGUAAGAGGACAAACAUGCUAUUCCUCCUGAUGAACAAAAACGUGGGUACCCAAACACAUUCCAUCACCUUGAUUGACAGGACAUGAUGACCCUGAUAAUUAGGGUAGGCAGGCCUGAAGAGUUCUGAGGCAGAACAGGUACCCCAUCUUCCAAAAUGCAGCCUAGUGAGAGGUAGAUUGUGUUUUUCCAGGGGAAAUUUAGAAUAUUUCUGUACAUAGCAUAGGACAAGUGGUCUUCCACAAACAAAGCUGCUGAACAGAGUAAAGUGGAAACUGAGCUAAGUAUUCUGAGCUAAGUAAAAUUGGCCCAGGCAUUAGGUAAAGUAAUCCCAGAUUGGGAUUGGAUAUUUUUAAGAACAUAAAGUUGGGGUCAACAGGCAGACAGUGAAGCAGUCUCCAACGCUUAGAACUCUUUGCAUUUUACUGAAUUUGGUGCUACCACAGUGCACCAAAACACAGAAGAUUCUUGUGCCCUACAUUCAGAAAGGAGGUAAACCAUAGACAGCCAGCUACCCUGGGCUAGAUGGUUUCUGUGUGCAUUAACAAGGCUUCACAUCCUUCAACUGAAAGGCAUAUAGAAAAGAUGGCAAGAGACUGCAUCUGUGACACAUUCUCCCCUUCCACAUGAACGUGCAGUAGCAAUGAAGUUCCUUGUUUCUAGCUCAGUAAUAGACUGCAGUGAUUGUUCUGUUUACGGCCAGCAGAUAGUGUUUUCCUGACAGACAAAAUCCCUAGCAGCUGCUAACAAAGUUUAGCAAGUUACACACAGAAAAAUCACGUAGGUUGCUCCAAAAGUAACACCUCCUAUUUAUUUCCAUGCACGCAGCAGAUGCGAAGAGCAGGAGAACACUGUGCAGGGCGGAAGCGCCAGCGCAGCACCCUCGGGGGCCUCGCUGGGCUCCCCCAUCCAUGCUGGGCCAAGAGGCGGGGGGCCUGUGAGGUGGGCGGGUCCCCCAGCCCUCUGUGACACGUCACGGCGUCACAAUGGGGCUCAGCUCUGAGUCCCUGUCCCCAGCGUCCCCCGGCCACAUUUCCCAGCGAGGCCUGGGAGGUGCCAGGGCUGUUCUUGCCAGCGCUGCUCUGCUCCGCUGGAGCUGCUCUGCCGGCAGGAGAAGGCCAGGGGAACCUGUGAGAGAGAGUGAGACGCUGCUUGCCAGGGGGCAAGGAGCAGGAGCAAGGGAGUGAGCGCCGCUUCUCCAACUGCUGCACAGCAUGGCGGCUGACGUGUUCUCUUACCUGCUCUUCGAACCCUUGGAUCCCAAGGAGCUUAACUUACUGAAGGACCUCACCACCUCGGAGAUCUGCCAAGUGUGGUGGGCCACAUCCAAGUACAUUCGGGAAGAGCUGCUGGAGAAGAGGGUGAGCCUUACCUCCUGCUCGGAGCCCAGCUUGCCCUUUGCACCUGAGCAGCGGGCAGGCCACACAACACCAUGCCCAGGGCCAGCAGGUCAUCCAGCACCUUUCCCACCUCUGCCCAGCGCUGCCAUGUCUCCCUCUUCUUGUUUGACCUUUCAGGCGGUGGAUAUUGGAAUUGGGAGCUUUGCAGUUGUGCCAGCUCAUGCCACUGCCGGAGAGGAUGGGGUUCUGGAUGUGGACAGACCCGUCUUCCAGCUGAACCACCACAUCCAGAAAUUUUACAAGCUCAAGGAGCCGAAGACCAAAAUUCCUCCUGAGAUAUUUGAGUAUCCGUUGGACUUCCAGGAGAUUGCUGAAAGCAUUUACUUCCGCGUGCCAAUCGUACAGCAGUGCAUCCAUGAGACCCUGCUCUUCUUUGCUGAGGCCCUCCGAGGAAAGAAGGAAGUUGACUUCUUCUUCAACAGACUUGGCAUUCUUUCUCUGAGAGGGCAGGAGGUCAUCAUGAACUUCUUUGAUGACUGCGUACUGCAGGUGGAUGCGACAGGCAACAUGCUGCCUGCUCUUCUUGGGGACUCUGAGAUGCUGAAUAUGAUUGCGUUUAGAGGCAAAAACAACUUUACUCGAUGCAGUGAGGACGGCUGCUUCGUACUGCCUAGGUGAGCGCAAGCACUCCUGCAGCAGCCAGCCGGCCAAGGGAGCAGCUGCUCAGCUCAUGCUUUGGGGCAGCUUCUUGCUGAGGCCUCUCUCCUGGCCAGGUUGUUAGGCAGGAGUAGCCCUUCUCUGGAGAGUUCCCGUCCGGCCCAUGGCUCGGUCCAGCCGGACAGAGCAGUCCAAUGGGCCAGUGCGUGGGCCGCGGGCCCUGAGUGAGAGAGGUGGGAGGAGG